UUCCUUCUGCUACUGUCAAUCACAUAACAUAAAACAAGAUGGCUGACAAGAGCUGGGAAUUGUGUCUUACAGUUUGUCUGGCCUGUCUCCUGGCGGUCCAUGCGGAUAUAAAGGCUUUUACUCAAGUGGGUCAACUGUUUGUGCACGAGUUGAAGAGAGAAACCUUCCAGGGUGAUUUUGAACCAUUCCUCAAACACUAUGGCCGGGUGUACGAUGAUCCCAUGGUAUUCAAAUGCAAUAAGCAGUACUUCCCAGACCUGCCCCACUGGCUUCGGUUCACCCAGAGGCAUCCAAUGGAUAAUGGAUUCCUGUACGGAACCCCCUUGGAAGAGGACCAAGGCAAGAACGUGAUUGAGAUCACAGUCAUUAACAAGCGGAGCUAUGAUACCUUCCGAGACAGGAUGGUGAUAACUGUUGGACCACCAGGAAAGAAGAUGCCAUAUCAAGCUGAAUUCUACAUCCCCCUGAGGGAAAUUGAGAAGGUGCUGUCCUCUGAUGUUCAGGAUGAUAUAAAGAAUGACAUUCAGAAGAUGUGGGGGGCGACACACAGACUGACCUUUGUCAAUAUCAGCUCUGCAAUAGAGAGAGGGGGCAGAGUGCCUCUCCCCCUGCCAGGCCACUAUGAGGGGGUGUAUGUGAAGCUAGGCUCUGAGCAGCCCUUCUCAGAUUGCCUGCUGCGGACUGAACGUCCCGAGCACCGGCAGCAAUGCAGAGCUACUGAAAAGGCCUCCACUAGCUGUACAGUGUGCUCCGAUCCCAGCAACUGCAUUACAUGGUGCAACACCACUCUGAUCGACCUGUCCAAGCCCCCGCCCCCACCCCCGGCACCAACCCGGGGUUCUGAAAUUCUGGAGGCUCAGGGAUUCUACGACCCCCCCGAAUCGCCUCCCACCCAUGACUACCUCCCGGCAUACAUCGGGAUGGUGAUCGUCCCCCUUGUGCUGAUCGUCCUGCUGUGCGCCGUCCUGGCGUACGUCAUGUGCUGCCGGCGAGAAGGCGUGGACAAACGGGAUGCAAAGACAGCUGACAUACAGCUGUACCACCAUCGCACCAUCCACAGCGACUCAGAUGAGCUCCGGGGCAUGGCCGACAGCCGCCAUGCCUCCCGGCCCCAGUCCACCCUGCCCAUGUUCAACGCCCGCACAGGAGAGAGGAUGCCCGCCCUCCAGAGGCAGUUCCAUGCAGACAGCCCCCACAUCCCCCUCAUCAUGGCCCAGCAAGAUCCAAACACAGAUAUACCUUCCAGGUAACCGAUAUAUUAGAAGACGCCUGGGUUUCACAGAAUCUGGCUUUUCUACAUUAACCGGUUUGAUGAAGUCAGAAGACUACGAAACACCUUCCUUAUUCUGUCCGCUGGUUUUGUGAUCAUAUAUCUUAACAGAUAUUACAAACAUUAUAGUUUAAUAUUAGUUAAUAAUUUCUACUUUUAUUGAUAGGCUAUUUUCCAUUAGUGUAAUGCCACAAGCAUUUCAAUUAAAUCUAAUUUCUGUGAUUAAAAGUAAAAUUUUGCUGUGGUACAUUAAAUUAAUUGAUUAAAUUUAUACCUGGUUGCAAAGUAUAGUAUGAUACAAUAAGGUUUAAAGGGAUAUCGAACAUACAUUUUGCUGGAAAUUUCUAAUGUCACAUACAACAACAAAGCAUAAAAAUUUAUACUCCAGCUUAUUUUUAACAUUUUGAAAGUAUAGGGGCGACAGUCCAUGAAUUUAUUAAGACCAGGCGCAUUCUGCGUAACCAUGCCUUUGUCCAAUAGGUUAUAUGAGGAUAAAUCUCUUCAAUGAUCAAUAAUCGAUGUAAUACUUUGAAUUCGAGGUGCUAAAAUAUCGGCUUUAAAAAUUAAAAUUCGUAAAUACAUUUUACACUGAAAAAAAUCACAUGAAACAAAAAUACUUUUCGAUUAUGAAAAGCGUCGUUAUCCAACUAUUUGUGAAUCAUACCAAUUAAUACGCGCUUGAGGCUAGAGAACAAUUAGCCAAUGAAGCGGGGUUAUACGUGUAGGUCUUAAAAAAGGUCCAAUCAAUCACUCCUGCCGGUUUGCUCACGCAAUGGAAUUAAUAAUUUACAGAUUUUGAAACUGAGAUCUACAUAAUGCAUAAAUUAAUUGUGACGAAUACACUGUUAAUCACCUGUUAACCUGUACAAAUACUACAGAUAACCACCUUAGUUAAACAAAAAAUCGUAUUAGUUUCUUAUUAACUUACCGCAGACUUAUUAAAUGUAGUAAUAAAAAUAGUUAAGAAGCAUAAAAUAAAUUCACACACAUAUAUAAAAUGUGGGCAUUUAAACUUAUACAUUUCUAAUAUAUGAUAUACAUAAAGUUAUCUUGGUCAUAAAUGCAAAAUAUAGGAAAAUCCUUAUCCAAGUGGUUCAGGGAAAAGACAGUAGACAGCCCGGAAUGGUAUCCUUUCUGUCCAAAGUAGUAAAACGCCAAGCAGCAAGGUCGGCGACGAUCCACUCGUUAAAUUGCAUUUUAUGCUGUAAAAAGUGAAGUACGCGGAUGGAGCAAGGCAUGAGUCCCGCUCUCAGCCCAGGCGCUUGGGCUCGGGCGUUUGAGGACCCUCGGCGUUGCGCUUAUUUCUGCAGGAUAUCAGGCAGACGACAUCACCAGGUGGACAGAGGUCGUCUAUGAGCUGCUGGGCACCGCGCGGCCGCCGCCAAGGUGUAAGCUGGGGUAACGUGCGCUGAUGGUUUUAAACAAGCCCCCACCCCCGAUUCCCUAAAGAUACAUAACAAAAUCUAAAUUACAAAACCCCCCAUUUAUUUCGGCUGUGUAUAGGAUUUUGUUUGUUAUUUUUUUGUCAAAAAAUAACUGGAUUUAGCAGCGUGCUUAGAAUGGGCACUUAAGUGCUUUUCCAGAUUUGUUUUAAUUUUGAAAACGGACUUUAUUUUUAACGCGAAUUGCAUGCAGAUGCAGUGCCUAGAAAGAGUUGUUAGUGUCACAGAUGUGACGUAUUUAUUGGUAUAAGCGUGGAAUCUUAUUGUAGUCGUUUGAAUAGCCUAUUAUAAUCAAUUUUGUACGGAUAAAUGUGUGGUACUUUUAAGCUCAUACUGCGUGUUAUGGUGAUUGUGUCUUGAAGACAUUUAUUAUUUGAAUGAGAAACUGAGCCAGACACUAAUUUCCAUAAAUCCUUCAAACACUGUCGCAGUGGGGAUCUAAGGGCUGUUUGUAAUAACAAUAAAAAACAUAUAAAUGAAUUAAAAAUCGCGAAGAAACUUACAUAUUCAGUAUUUUCACUCUCCUUGCUGUAGUUAAUGCCAUUGGCUUUGUCUUUGGCAGAUUUUUAGAUGGGUUUUUUAAACAGGUGUAAAGAUUUAUCUUUAAAGUACUAAUUUAAUUAAUUAAUUAAACAAAAUUUCAUUUGUUCAUCAGUAACAAUAAAAUUCGUGUUACAACUGAACUGAACUGUAGUAUUCACAACACUAACCCAUUUCCGUUAUGGCUAUUUAGUUAUAUAGUGUAACCGAUGGAUAGCUGACUAAGACUUUUAACUGUUUGUAAAAUGUAUCCAUUCAUCUUCAUCUCAAUAGCUUUUCCAGAACUGGGUUACAAUGCACGUGCAGUUUAUCCCAGGAGGCAGUAGGGCUCACCCUUCUUCAGAUGUCAGUCCUGUUUGCAUUUAAUUAGAGAAAAUGGGUGUAAUUUGUGUGGAAAUGCAUGCCACAUUAAUUUUCCUAAUUAACGUGUAAUGUUGUGAUUGGGUCAAAUUACUUUUACUGGCAUCAUCCGGUUUUUUUUCCCUUAUCACAAGUACUGCGCUUACAUUCCCCUUCUGUUCGUCUCAGCAUUAAGCAUCUUCCCUGCCUCUGGCAGGGUCUCCUACAAAUGCCCCAGUCUGCCUCUGUGCACCAAAGACCAGCUGUUUAACUGGGCAGGUCACUUUGAGGGAUGUUUCUGUGCCCUGUGAGAGGCCGCCGUCUCGUUCGGGGAGCACGGCAUCGUAAACUUCCAUAGGCCAGAGUCACUGCAACGCUAACUGGAAAAGCUAUUUCUGAGAAUAUAUGUGAGGAUCGACAUCUGUUUGUCAUACACCAAUGGCUUUCUGCCUUCUGCCACUUGAUUAAAUGUGUCUGAUCCAGAUUCCAGUGCUGAUAGGUUAUUAAAUACACAGCAGUUUCAUUAA